AUGGAUUCUGUCAACAACUGGUCAACCAACUUGAUCAGCCUGAUCCACCGCAUCGAAAAUGUAUACCAAAACCAGUGGGCACACCCUGCCGAGGAAAAACCUGUCAUCUUCUUCGACAAAGAAAGCUGUUGCAAGAGUCCAGUGAAUGAAAACCACAACCUGUGGUGGGCCUACGUGCAGCCUCGAGUCCGUCCCUCGGUGGUCGGGAGUGGCAAAACACUCGAGGAUGCUAUGACAAGUCUUUAUGGCCAGCUCAAAUCGGGUCCUCAGCAUUGGACUCAAAUCGAUGCUUCGACUACCGACAAGGAGGUCUUUGCCAAGAAGGCGGCCAAGAACAAGAGGAGGAAGCUGGCAAAGUUGGCAGCUACUGAGGAGCAAAGAACAACAUACGUGCACGAUUAUAAUCUCCGUUCCAAGACAUGGGAUAGCUGGGAUCCGAGUGUGUUCGUCUCACUUCCAGAUCUCCCAGCUGGUCCGGCCGUCCUUCCAAUCGAAUCUGCAGCUCUUCCUACUGUUCAGUUACCCAACCCAGCACACAUUCUGCAGCCUCGCAACAUCACACCAACCACCGGUGUUGGUUGUGUAUCUGCGAUCGAGGAGGACGAUUGUGACAUGCCGGACGGCACCCUCACACGCGUAGCUCCACUCCAAUGGAGAAUGCACCUUCGUGGUCCCUCGAGCCCCAGAAGUAACCUGACACCGAACUCAUCUGGACCGAUCGGUAAUCCUACCACACACGCGCCUAGCCGUGAAUCUGAGAGGUACCCUACCGUGCCAAACAUGUUUCGCUUCGGUUCUUCGCACGACCUGCUGGCAUCCCUCUCUCGAGAUUCUGUUCUGUCGAAGAUGAGAGCAAACGAAAAGCCCAAGGAGGCAGGUAUCGAGACGGAUGAAAACGAGGAAUCACAUGUGCUGAGCGUCGCUCGCAAGCAGGCUCAAAAGACGGCAGACCUGUCAACAGCUCGUCACGACUCCAGUACUCAGGUCAACACCUUCAACUACAUUCCUCCUAGCUCUUCUCACCAGGGACAGGAUCAGCAGAAGGCAACGCUUUCGCCAGCGCGUCAGAAACUCGGCACUCUUCAGGCACCCUUCCUCUCCACCAAACCUACCGAGUCCCUCCCAGGAGACAUGGGGUUUACUUCUAGCUUCGAUCAUCCAGCCGUGUUCUCCUCCGGCAACUCCAAGCAGGGUAUCAACGCUUUCCCCUCACAAGAAAAUCAAACCCUUCCAGUGUUUGGCCAGUAUCGCUCCAAGCUCAGCGACAGUCCCUCUACUGAUCGUCGCUCCUGCAGUCCUGUUGGUUCCGCUCACCGAACCCAGUACCGCGCGAAACGUGAGCUAUCUGCAUCGCCAGUUGAACGGGGUAUCGAGAAGAAGAUCAAGGUUGAGGAUACUGGUUGA